GGAGAUAAAAGGUACAGGUGGUGACAUUUGAUAACACAGAGACAGAUACUUCCACUGAGAGGACAGAUGGGUUACUUCUUGUACUUCUCCGCUGAGACAUGGACUCUGCUGGUUGCCUUUGUCACACUCCUGCUUGUAUAUGCCUACUGGCCUUAUGGAACAUUCAAGAAAUUAGGUAUCUCUGGUCCUAAACCUCUCCCAUUUUUUGGGACAAUGCUGCAUUAUCGAAGGGGAUUCUUCAACUUUGAUCAAGAGUGCUAUAGGAAAUACGGGAAAAUAUGGGGUAUUUACGAUGGCCGCCAGCCCGUGUUGUGUGUUGCAGAUCCUGAAAUUAUAAAGGCCAUUCUGGUUAAGGAAUGCUACUCUUUCUUCACCAACCGCAGAAAUUUCCGACUGAAUGGGCCCCUCUAUGAUGCCGUAUCCAUUGCUGAAGAUGACCAAUGGAAAAGGAUCCGCAGUGUCCUAUCUCCGUCCUUCACCUCUGGGAGACUGAAGGAGAUGUUUGAAAUCAUGAAGAGUCAUUCUGCUAACCUGAUCCGCAGCAUGAAGAAAAAGGCAGAUAAGGGAGAAGCAUUAGAACUGAAGGAAUUCUUUGGAUCGUACAGCAUGGACGUUGUAACCAGUACGGCCUUCAGUGUAGAUAUUGAUUCACUGAACAACCCUUCAGAACCAUUUGUGACAAACAUCAAGAAGAUGCUGAAGUUUGACUUUUUAAACCCCCUCUUCCUCGCAGUCGCUUUCUUCCCCUUCCUUGGCCCCAUAUUUGAAAAGUUAGAAUUUUCAUUUUUCCCCAAAUCUGUGACCGACUUCUUUUAUGCUUCUCUGGAGAAGAUUAAGUCAAACCGUGAGACCAGCCAGCAGAAGAGUCGAGUAGAUUUUCUCCAACUAAUGAUUGAUUCCCAAAAGAACAAUGGGUUGCAGAAGGACAAAAGUUUAAGUGACCAUGAGAUCCUUUCCCAAUCCAUGAUUUUCAUUUUUGCUGGUUAUGAAACAAGCAGCAGUUCUCUCUCUUUCUUGGCUUACAAUCUGGCCACGAACCCAGAGGUCAUGAGAAAGCUCCAGGAGGAGAUUGAUUCCACCUUCCCCAACAAGGCUCCUGUUCAGUAUCAGUCUCUGAUGGAGAUGGAUUACUUGGACAGCGUCAUCAAUGAGUCUCUCCGGUUGUUCCCCAUUGCCGCACGUUUGGAGCGUGUGGCCAAAGCAUCUGUGGAGAUAAAUGGCCUUGUGAUUCCAAAAGACAUGGUUAUCCUGGUCCCCACAUGGCCUUUGCACCGGGACCCUGAGAUAUGGCCAGAACCAGAGAAAUUCAAACCUGAGAGAUUCAGCAAGAAAAACAAGGAGGACAUCGAUCCAUACACAUACAUGCCUUUUGGGUUAGGACCAAGGAACUGCAUUGGGAUGAGGUUUGCUCUAGUGGUGAUGAAACUGGCAGUGGUGGAGAUCCUGCAGCGGUACAGCUUCUCUGUGUGUAGAGAGACUGAGAUCCCAUUUGAGAUGGAUAUCCAGGGUUUGCUGGCACCCAAAAGACCCAUCCAACUGAAGCUGAUCCCUCGCUCCUAAUCUUCCAGCUGGAGAAAUAUUUUUUAAUCAAAUUAUGAAGUUUAUUUUCUGAAGAUUAUAUUCCCUUCCCAUUAAUGAUUUUGUCGUAUAGUGAUACAUCUUACAUAGCGCUCAUAAUACAACUUAUAUAGCACUUCUUAGAGUACGCAAAGAAGAUUAAAUUAGAUUGGAUCCCUGUUUUUCUAUAUGUGAUGAUGUAUAUUGGUGAGUGGAGUCAAAUGUUCCAGCUAUGGAACAUUGAGUUGAAUUUUAGUGAUUUUUCUAGCUUAUGAAAUAUAUCUAAAUCAAAUUGUAAUGUUUAUUUGGUGAAAUUUACAUUCUUUUCCUAUAACUGAAUUUUUCAGUGAAGCCUAUAGCGUUGUAGAUCCCUUUUCCUUUAUAUGCUGAACUGAGAGAGAAAAUAUUUUUAAACUGUGUUGCCAAUUAAAAGUGUACAGGUGUACUUUAGACUGAUCACAGUAAAAUCUCACUGCAUUGUGCUGCUUUAUCACACAGCACAAUGCCACAGACGUAGCAAUUGGCAAACUGACUGCAAGAAUGUCAACCAGAGCUGUUGCUUGUGAAUUUAAUGUUCAUUCCUCUACCAAAAAUUCACACAUUCCUCUCCAAAGAUAUUUCAGAGAAUUUGGCCAACUGGGCACACAGUUACAGACCACAUGUAUCCACACCAGCCCAAGACCUCCAUAUCCAACAUGUUCACCUCCAAGAUCAUCUGACAUCAGCCACACAGACAGCUGCACAAACUACCAGGAAUUGUAGUCUCUCAACUUGACUGUGAUUUGUUUCCAUAUCAGACUUGAAGGGAAAAGGCUCAUAUUUGAUUGCUUCCAGCACAUUAGAGAGGUGUGCUCUUCAUGGGUGAAUCCCAGUUCUCCCCGGUCAGGGCAGAGGGCAGACAGCAUGUGUGGCUUUGUGUUGGUCAAUUGUUUGCUGAUGUCAACCUUGUGAACAUCAGCAAACCGUUGCUGCAGAGUCAUGUUGGAAGAGGAAGUGGCCAGCUCCAAUCUGUUCCCACAAACCUGGGAGAAUGGAAUUGUCUAAAAUAUCUUGGUAUGCUGAACCAUUCAGAGUUCCUUUCACUGGAACUAAGGGACCAAGCCAGCUCCUAAAAUUCACUGGAAUUCACUGAGCUCCUGAGAGUGACCCAUUCAUUCACAAAUGUAAAAACAAUCUGCAUGCCUACGUCCUUAAUUUUAUACACCUGUGGCCCUGUAAGCGAUUGGAACACCAGAUUCCUAUGAUGUGGAUGAGUGAGCAAAUACUUUUGGCAAUAUAAUGUGCAUACAGUUUAGUUUAAAAAUAUUUAAUUUAACCCUCAGUUCAGGAUUUGUGUUUAAUUAUGCCUACCCACAUGUUGUUUGAGUGACUCAUGCAGCUUUAUUAUCUUGGCUUUGUCAUUGUUUAAUAAAGACUGUUUAGAAUGUGUUCUCAAAUCGGUGAAUUUUUGUAUAGUUUUGAGGUUUCAUCAGGUUAGAUUAAUAAAAUCCCCAACUUCUCAAACA